UGGAUGCUAUUCCUUUAAGGCACAACAGGUGGAAAUGCAGGACCAAAGGCGUAUUUAAGCCAGCCUGGCACUGCCAGAGCCCUCGUCCUGCUGGGACAGGCAGGCAGGACACUCACAGAAGGUCCCAGGGUCACCAGCGAAGCGAGAGCCUUCAGAAAGAAAAGCAAAACAAAAUCCUGCAGAGGGAACUGAAGGUGGAAUGCAAGAAAAAUGGCUUUGCUAGCGUUCAUCUUCCUCCUUGCCCUCCUCCCAGCUGGAUCUGCAAAAAGCAGACACCCCCCCAAGGCAACAAUCUUAAGCCCUGUGUUCGGGCCACGGCAGGUGUACGGCGUGGUCGGCGGGUCGGUGACCGUGAAGUGCUUCUACCCCCCCACCUCUGUGAACAGACACGACAGGAAAUAUUGGUGCAGGCAGUCGGGCAGGAGGUGUGUGACUGUUGCCUCCACCACUGGCUACGUUUCCUCAGGCUAUGAGGGCAGGAUCUCCGUCACUGACUACCCGGAGGCAGAAAACUUCCAGAUCAGCAUCUCCUCCCUCUCGCCGACGGACGCCGGCACUUACGAGUGUGGCGUUGGUGACAACGGCAGAGGGCUCUCCUACAAAGUCACUCUGAGCGUUUCCCAAGGUCCAGAUGUACCCGAGGCAGCUGAGCUCUUCUACGUGAAGCUGCACAGCACCUGGACCGUGACCUGCAGCUUUGGGGAGGAAUUUACCUACUUCAGGAAGUACCUGUGCAAGAUGGAGGGAGAAGGUUGCCACGACAUCAUCGAUAACAUCGAAGACGAUGUUAUUGAUGCGGAUUACAGGGGGCGAGUUCUGCUGAGCCUCGAGCGCUCUCCAGGCUCAUUCAGCAUCAUGAUGACUCAGAUGGACUGGGAAGAUGCAGGCUUGUACCGCUGUGGGGCUGGUGAAUAUGGGAAAAAUGGAAAAUCCAAGGAACUUGAUGUGUUUAUCUACGAGGACAAAAACUUCCCUCUAAUGAAGUCCACGGUAACUGCGACAGAGGGAGGUUCAGCAACUUUCGAAUGCCUCUAUGAGCCUCUAAAGAAGUCCUCAACGAGGGUCUGGGCCAAGUGGAAAUCGGAUAAAUAUACCAGGAUCAUAGACAACACAGGUUAUGUGAAGCCACAGUACGAGGGAAGAGUGGCCAUGUUUGAGAACCCAAAUAACAGGACAGUCACCGUCAUCCUGAACCAGCUGAAUGAGGCAGACAAGGGCUAUUACUGGUGCAUAACAAAUGAACUGAAGGAACAGCAAACAUCAGCUGAACUGAAGCUCACAGAAGGAAAACCUCAGCUGACAGGACAGAAGGAAGUGGAGGCGCGAGUGGGCUCACGGGUCGACUUAACUUGCUCCUACCCGUGCGCCUACUACUCCUACGAGAAGUACUGGUGCAAGUGGAGCCCCAGCGGCUGCUCCAUGAUGCCAGCCUCUGAUGUGAGGCAGCCGGGGCCAGAGGCAACCUGCAACACUUCCAACAGGACAGUUAUCCUGAGCUUUGACUCGGUGACAGAGGAGGACGCAGGGUGGUACUGGUGCGGGGUGAAGCGCAACGGCCUCUUCGGGGAAACCAUGGCAGUGAAGCUGUCUGUGACUGCAGCAGGAAACGAUGCCAAGCACAGCCCAGAGCUCCUGGAUGUUGAUGCCCCCAGCCAUGCUGAGUUCCCCAACCACGUUGAGCCCGGCCCUGGACCCCGAGGAGGAGCCUACAGUGACUCUGGGGUGAGAAGUGGAGCUGCCCCAGGAAGCUCUGACCAAGGCCAUGGCUCCAAUACUCUUGCUUUAGUGCUGGGCCCCAUUGCUGCCCUGCUCCUGAUCGUGGUGACAGCUUUUGCCGUCGUUAAAUACAGGCAGAUGAAGAGAUCUGACCUGGUGUCCAUUGGGAGCUACAGGACGAACAUCAGCAUGUCAGACUUCGAGAGUGUGAAGGAUUACAGUGCCAGCAACAGCGCCUGUGUGAAGGAGAGCCAGGAGACUGCCAUCGGAGGGGACGAGUUCGUCACCACCACGGACACCCCAGAAAGUGCUGCCGAGGCAAAGAAGGCAAAAAGGAGCUCCAAGGAGGAUGCUGACCUCGCCUACUCCACCUUCCUCCUCACCUCUGGCAGCAUCGCUCAGGGUGGCUCCGGUGGGGACAGCCCUGCCCUGGAUGUGUCCCCUCCCCAGGAUCAGGUCUGAAGGUCAGGGAUUGAGAGGAGGCAGCGACUGGGACCGGCUCUACCUUGAGGAUCACACCAAGCCAUCAGCAAGCACACACACUGUUCACUGCUACCACAAUUUGCUAUAGCUUGACCUUUUCUUUUUGCUUAAAUUCAGCUUCAAGUGGUGAUUUAAGAGGAAUUGUUUCAUGCCAAAUGGGGCUGGGCUGGAAGUGCAGGGUCUGAGUGAGCAGGAGUUCAAGUGGCUCAUUCCACCAACAGAUCCAACACAGUGGGCUCUCACAGGCAUUUUAAAAAAGUCCCAUUUUCUUUUAAAAGGCAGCUGGAAAACCCUUUAGAACAGCAUCUGAUGCUUUUGAUUCCUCUAAGCUUUCUUGACCUGAGGGCAGCACCUGCAGGCCAGACACGGUCUGAAGCGUUUUCACGCACAAGCAAUAAAGAGUAUCAGUGGCUUUCAGCAGACCAGGGAACUCGGUCCGUGGGAGAGCACGGGGAGAGCACACCCAGACAGACACAGUAGAGGUGGGAAAAGCUCAAUAUUCCACAGAUAAAGCAAUGUAGGAAGCAGCAAUGAUGAAGAAGUGAUGAAGCAGAGAAGCAAUUUUCCCCUGAACACCAGGAAUGGGAUAGGCUGGUGCCUUACCUG